UUCUGCUUAAAGGGAAAGGUUAGAUGCUAGAUUAGUUCUUGAUUUUAUAGGUUUUGAAUAUUUUUUGCUACCGUGGUUGCACUUCAAAUGUCUCUUUAUUUUUUAUUUUCUAGAUUCACUUUUGGCAUAGCCAUUAUAAAUUAGAAAUCCACAUUAAUCCAUUCUCAGCAGUAAAAACUUAUCUAUACUGUCAUUAACAGAUGAUAAAGUUAUGACUUAUGCAUGUUAUUAGGGAGAUAUAUGAAUUUCAAGAAUCAUUACAAGAGAAAACUGUCAAAAUGGAUUGUUUGCUAGUACUCGAUAAAGCUGAAAUACCUGAAGAGAUAAGUGGUUUUUUUGGUCGUAUCGUGCGUGUGAGCUCUGCAGUGAUGAAAAAGCUUUCUGGGUUGCAAUCAACUGAAUCUAUAGAAGCAAUUGGUCUCAUGAGCAUUCCUACCAGUUUUUUAAACUUAGAUGAUCAGCAACAAGAAGCAGGUUGUGAAAGAUGGUUCCCCGUUGCACAUAGGAUUCUAGUCCUCGACGGCAUCCAGGAUCCUGGAAACCUUGGUACGUUAGUCAGAUCAGCCAUGGCCUUUAGAUGGGGUGGAAUUUUUCUACUUCCUGGCUGUUGUGAUCCAUUUAACGAGCAAGCAAUCCGAGCAAGCCGAGGUGCCUCAUUUCAGCUGCCUAUAGUUUGUGGCAGUUGGUUCCAUCUUGAAUCCCACAUAAGUGAAUUUCAAGCGAAAAUGCUAGCUGCGCAUCUAGAUAGCCAUGAUGAAAUGAAACCAGUCAUUCAACUUUCUCAAAAACUUGCUGAUUCUUAUACAAAUCUUCGAUUGUGCUUGGUUUUGGGUAGUGAAGGGAGUGGCCUAUCGGAGAAAUCUCGACAGGAAUGUGAGCUUGUGAGCAUUCCAAUGGCUGGACAGUUUGAGUCUCUCAAUGUUUCAGUUGCUGGUGGCAUUUUACUGUACAUGCUGCAGCCUAGAAAUUAAAUGUUGGUCACAAUCUACCUUUGAAAAUGACACUGGUCUAAUAUUCUACAAAUCUCAAUCAGCAUUGGCAUAAUCUCAAGAUGAGGUGUCUUGGUUUUA